AUGCUUGUCAGAAGCGAUACAAACAAAGAAGAGAGGAUGUUGAGCUUGCGAGGCUUAUUCGACGAGGUAUUUGAUGAUAUACAAGUCCGGUAUCACCCCAACAGUGGGCGCCCUACUCAAGUUUACCACUUCGAGGAUUAUAGAUGUGGCCCUGGUACCCCAGCAGCACCUCCGAAAGUUGAUCCUGAGCCCUGGCGUCCAUUUCGCACUUGUAUUGACUUUGAAGUGGCCGAACUUGCCCAUGAAGCUGCGCUAACUCAUGAGCAGACGGACCAGUUCAUCAAACUCAUUCACCGCAGCAGAUGCGAGUUGUUUAUGCUUCAGAAUUGUAAAGACAUGCGAGACAUGUGGGAUGCAGCCUUGUUCAAAUUGACUCCUUUUACGAAGGAAGAGGUUGUCGUGCCCUUCCAAGGCAUUGAUCAGACCUUUCCAUUUUUUCAUCGCUCACUAUGGGACUGGGUGGUGGACCUACUUCAAGAUCCUGAAGUUGGUCCACAUUUUGUUUUCGAUGCCCAACAGCUUUUGAAGUUCGAUGGCAACAAAUUCGUUCAGUAUAUUCAUGAGCCUUGGACUGCUAAUGCCUUCUGGGAACAUCAAUUGAAGAUACCAUCAGAUGGCAAACCACUUGCAUUUAUCCUCUACGCAGACAAAGCCAAAUUAUCAUCCUUUGGUCGUGCAAAAGGCUAUCCAAUAGUUGCGCGAUGCGCUAAUCUUCCUGCUGCUGUUUGCAAUGGUGAGGGCUUGGGUGGUGGGCAAGUUGUAGGUUGGUUACCCAUUGUAAAAGAAGACAAGAAACAUUCCGGAAAGCUGACCUUCGUUAAUUUCAAGAACACGGUAUGGCAUAUGUCAUUUUUGAUGCUGCUUGCUUGUCUCGCACUGCUAUCAAAGCUCGGAUCUCCUGUUAAAUGUUGGGACGAUGUUGUCUGCAUUUUCUAUCCAAUAAUACUGAUACUAUCUGCAGACUACGAAGAGCAAGUUGUGAUGGCGUUGAUUCGUGGACUCAUGGGAAAGUUUCCUUGCCCUGUUUGCCUCAUUCCUCGUGAGGAGCUCUCUAAGGGAUCAAACACAUAUCGGCUUCGCACGUCUGUAGAUGCAAAGACAUUACGUGCUCGGGCUCGAGAGUCUAUGACAGCAGAAGUAAGAGAGCAGGUAUUGAGCUCUGAGAGUCUCCGUGAUGUCGAUAGUGCAUUUGACACCAUGGAGCACACCGAUGUCUACCGAGCUCUAUCUUUCGACAAACUUCACUUUAAUGAUGAGGGAAACUUCGAAUCAUUUCCACAUUGGCGAAAUUUGAAUCAUUUUGACCAGGUUGUAUCAAUAUCCUUUGCUGAUGGAACAAAAUACGAGGAUAUAUCGAAGCUGAUUGUUUUCGCUGCCCAUAAUGUAUUCAAGCAUGAUCUGGACCCACAGGCUUACCUUCUGCUUCAGUUGUAUUCGGAGUUACCUCAUCUCUUCGACGACAUCGAGGCAAAGGGCGUCACCCGAAACUACAAUACAAAGCCAAAUGAGAAAAUGCACGGCCCACUGAAGAACACUUAUCAAGAUCGUACAAACUUCAAGAAUUUCGCAGAACAGAUUCUUCGAUACAAUCAUGAUAGCUUAGUUGCGGAAUACAUUCGUAGCAAGAUGGAGUGCCUUGAUGCGCAGAAUCUCGACAAUAUUGAAGCAGCUAACGCAGGCGAUGCAGCCUUUGAUCGAUUCCGGAUCAAACUUAAUGAAUUUUUGAAUCGUGCAUUUGCCGCUAAUGGUAUACCAUUUCCCAACGGAAGACGUAUUCAACUUGCUGUGAAUGACAUGAUAACCGAGUUCAGAUUCAUCAAAGUUAGCUACGAGUCACUCGUUGACUGGCGAAUUUCCGUGGACUAUCUCCGAUGUAAUCCAAUGUUCCAUGGAUCACCUCGAUAUGAUUGCGUCAUCCUGCAGGCAGAAUCUGGUCCCAUCUUUGCCAAACUGUUGUCAGUCUUCACCUGCAUAGUUGGGGAUGUCACAUAUCCUAUUGCACUCACACUCCCAUACGAUCAACCGGUGGGCACUCGACCGCGGAAGGAUAAAGACUUCAAAUUUUGGCGAGUCAAGGCGAAGCCCAGAGCCUCUGCUGAGUGCUUUUCGGUCCAGUCAAUAAUCCGUGGUUGUGUACUGGCAGAGGAUAGUUCGAGAGUGAACGAGUUCUUGGUUGUUGAUACGACUGAUACAGAUAUCUUCCUUCGAAUGAAGGAAAUUCGUACAGAGGCUGGUUAUUAA